AUGGCCAAUCCAGAAGCCCAAGCCGCGCUGGCUGCGCACAUUGAGCUUUUGGAAGAGCUCGACAUACACUCGAUCCACAAGACAUUCCGCAACCCGAACUGGCGCCCCAAUCAACGCCGUAACAAGAACAUCAAAACCAUCCUCGGCGACGCGUCGCGCAAGGAAGCCUCCGUCAUCGCCACCCCGCAGGACAACAGCGGUUCCGCCACACCAAUGCAAUUGGACAACGAUGGCCUUUCUACCAGCGGCACUUCCACCCCGGCGGGCGUCCAAUCCGCCAGCGGCUCCGCGACUAACAGCAGCGGCAGCCUCCAACCCAACCUUGCGCAGGCCUCGCGCAGCUUGUCUAAGCUUGUCCUGGAAAAGACUCUCGCGGGGGCACCGCCUCCCUCGAAGCUUCCGCUGAAUGGCGUCUCCUCGGCGCCGACAGCGACGUAUACGAACAUUGAGAGUGCGCCGAGUCUUGCGCCACUGAAGCACUACUGCGACGUGACGGGCCUCCCAGCUCCAUACGUGGAUCCGAAGACGAGGAUACGGUAUCAUAAUCGGGAGGUGUUUGGUAUGCUUAGGAGCCUGCCGCAGGGCGUGGGGGAACAGUUCCUGGAGGCGAGGGGCGCGCAUACGGUAUUGAAAUAA